AUGGUUAACAGAGAUGAUUUGCUUGCGGACGAGACAAUCAUCCGCGAUUGUGUAUACAGGGUAGUAAAGAACAGCGAAAUCAAAGCAGAUAUAUACCCUCCCUCAAACAUCAAAACUAAAGAUGGGAACCCAAUUUUCCUUUUCAUUCACGGCGGCGGGUUCAUAAACAGCAACCGCAGAGAUAUCUGCGCACCAUUCAUCGACGAAGCGCGUAAGAAAGGAUUUGUUAUAGUGUCCAUGGAUUAUCGACUUGCCCCAGAAACAAAACUUGAUGGAGUGCUCGAGGACCUAGAGGCGAUGGGGAAAUGGUUGUUGGAGGAGCUUCCAAGUAAGUUACCUGAUACUGUAAUCGAUACCAGUAAGAUUGCUGUUGUAGGAUCUUCUGCUGGUGCUGUGCUGGCUCUUUCUACUGUGAGUAGCAAUGCAACAUCUUUCUCUAACUUUGCAUAUCCCAUAGUAACUACAUGAAAUAGCCGAAGCAUUGGGAAGGCCAUCAGCCAUGCGCCAUCGUGUCACUAUAUGGGCCGGCCGAUCUGCGAAAAGUUCCGUUUUUGGGAUUGACUCAAGCGACCCGAUUACGGAAAUUUUUCGAUGACAAUCUUAAGAAGAAGUCGCUUGAGGAGUAUAUAGCCCCUGAAUCAAGAGUGUUUGAAGACGGAACAGACUUCGACAACCCGCCGUCUGAUAGCGACGCGUUGGACGCGAAAAUAAAAGCAAACAGACCUAAAUUUUCAGCAUGGGUUGUUAACCAGGGGGGUUCAGCUAAAGUUGCUAUGGAGGGAAUUUCGGGAGAGUCAGGACGAUUCGAUUUCCAGGUAUCGAAAAAAAUGACGCCAGAAGAAGACCAAAGAUACUUGGAACUUAGUCAGUCGUUUUCUUGCGUCUUCUAUACCAUCAAAGUGUGGACUCAACUACUAAUUAUGUGUAUAGGUCCAAUCUAUUUAGCAAAGAAGUACCAAUUCCCUCCAAUAUAUAUCGUGAGAUAUAGAGAUGACGACGUUUUCGAAACCCAUCGAUAUGAAGCUUCGUGAGUGCCAAUAUGGGGAAUGAGUUGAUUUUCGUCCCAUUGCUUUCGUGGGAGGGAUAUCAGUGGCAGGCGAGGGGUUUUCUGGGGCGACCAGGAGGUGCGGUUUAUGAAGCCCAUUGGUAUAUUGGAGUUUAUGGAAAGUUUUUCGGUUUUUGUGUAGAGCAGAAUGGUUUGGUUCACCUUUUCUGGAACUUGCAGGGUUUUCUCGUUGGAAGCUAUACUGACGGCCGAAGAUAGGUCGAAAGAUGACGAAUAA